GAUCGACCUUUGUAUCGCAGAGUCACGAGUAGGGCAACAAGGAGCCUACGGAUUUUCCCACGACAGUGUUGCAUGGUGGUGUCCUAUUCCUCCAUUGCUAUAAAAUGCGGCUUCUCCCUGACAGACGCCAAAGCUGGGAUAAGCGCUCAACUUGGUAUCAACGAUAAGCUACGGCACACAUUGGUAAUGUUCGCCCGAGUUCUACUCAUAGCUGCUGCGGCUUCUGUCGCUUGCGGAGACCCUGCCGCCAACUCUCUAAUGGAUAGAGUUCUCGCGGAUUUGAGGAAUCAGCUCAAUACCCUAGGCCUCGAUCCUGCUCGGGCGAGCCCGUUCGAAGUUUUCGUUCCCUCGAAUGGACCUUUCAACCGCGACUUGAGAGCCAACUUCACUCAAGGAUCAAUCGUCGGCCUCGGCGGACUCGUGCGUACCGGCGAUUGCAUUUAUCAUCAAGCCGGUUCCAAUAGAUUGUUCAUCUGCAAUGUGCUCUUGGGCUCAACUCAAAUCAUGAUGAAUGUUGAUGUCCAGGGAGACAGCGCGAUCACAGUUCAUCCUAUCUCGACCGGCACUCGGAUCGACAACGGAACUCAAGCUGUGAUCCAAGUUCACGGCAUGCGAGGAUAUCAGCCUAAGUCCGUUCGCAUUGAAGUUGACUCAAUUACGGCUACCACCAGAGUUCUCCGGGGAAAGCUCGAGUUGAACGCGCCACGCUUCGCCGAAUUCUCUCGCCAAGUGAACCGAAACAUCUCCGCCCAAUUGGUGAACACCCUGACCGGUCCCUACGCUCAGGCUCUCUCCAGUGCUUUCGCCAGAUAUACGAUGCCUUGAAUUUCGGGACAAUCAUGAAAUACCAAUUGAAUAAAGAUAUGGCGUUUUAUCCAUUCA